AUGUCGUCCACGAAGGUUGACAAAGGAGAAGACCCGCUAGAUAUCCCAAAGUCAGAUGGUAACGACAUUAUCAGAGAAUUCAAAGACUAUGCUAAGCAACAGCGAGAAAUUGUAAAGCAAGCAAGAUUAAACCGGAAAAAAGCGGAUAAAGAAGCACAAUUUACAGAGCUGAAGAAAUUUGCCCAAGGUUUCAAGCUGGCCACUCCAGUACCAUCAGAUUUGGUUGAUAUUCUUUCCAAUGAUCCUUCCAAGCAGAAAGAGAUAAUCGAAAAGGGUAGACGUGCCGCAGAACCUCUCGCGCAUGAGAAAGCAGAAGCAGCCGAAACUAAGGAGGCCGUCGAACCCGAAAAGCAGAGGCCGCCACCUCAGAAAAACAAUCAGGGUGUAUACUGGCUCCCACAAUCCGUAUCAUGGGCCGAUGUGGUGCGUGGCACGUCGUUGAAAGUCGAUCAGCCUGCUGCACCCAUUUCUAGUUUCAGGAGUAAUAACCCGACAGCAAGCGUCUAUUCUUCAUCCCUUAGUGGCUUCACGAGGAGUACCGAGGCAACACAAACGACAACGUUGACUUCGGUGUCUAGUCAAUCCAAGACUGUUCGUGCUGACCAAGUUCGAAACCCAAAUCCUUCCUUGGGAAUCCUCAGGGAUAUUCAAGAAGUUGAUGAAAAUCUACCAUCUGUACUGGCCCAAAACAAGACGGGACAAUCAUUACAGGAUGAGCCUUGUGACAAGGAUGACGAAUCGCUCAUCUCGCAAACAUCAACGACCUACACUCCAGAGCAGAGAGUUGAUGUCGUUGUGAGAUUUUCGCAAGCCAUGCUCAAAGGCCUCCACUCUCAUGUCAACUAUGGUGCGGCAAAUGAGUCAUCAAGGCGACAUGUCCUUGCUCAUCUCUGCUCGGCUUUGAAGACAUUUGCUGAAUCCGUUGAGGCGGAUACGUCAGAAAGAACACAAGCAAAGGCGAGAAAAAUGGUGCGAAGGCUGAGAUCUGAAAUUGCUCGCAAUCUUCAGGACGAAAUCCUGAGGGACGACCAAGUUCAAGAAAGCAAUCGCAUGCCGAUCAAUUUAACAGACAGAGACGAAAUGGGCGCUGCUGAGAAGAUAAACCGCUGGGAUAUACCGACGCCUGAUCUGGAUUCCCGGGCCGGGUGGCAGGCAGAACCAGAUAUACAGCCCAAGCAACAGUACCACUCAGAGCCAUCUCUGAGCCUCCCUACAAGGUCAGAGAGCUCCGUGGAGCGGAGCGACGUAGAAGUGUCACCACGUGAUACCACGCAGAUAUAUGGGACAUCUAUCAAUCCAGUUGAAGUAAUGAAGCACUUUUCAACACAUCCAGCGUUUGAGAAGCUCCUUCAAACUACGCGGAAGCUCUUUGAACGAUUUCACAGUCAAAAAAUGGAUUUGGUACGCCAACGCACAUCCCUCUCGAUUCGUCGCCAGAUAAGAAAACAGGGAAGCAAUAGCAGUGUCGCGAUUUUCAACCUCGACUGGGACCUACAUGGUUUCUUAGUCGCAAAUUAUGAUGAUGGCGUCCAUCAAAAUAUUGACAAGAUACUUGCUGUCACUGGGACAAUGGGAAAUGCGCAGCUAUGCUCAGUUGGCCAAUACUUUGCAUGGGCAUGGCCAGGUUACGAAUUUCAGCUGUUGGAGGAACUGCAGUCAACACUGCGUGGCUCUACAAGCAAAAAUCGACGACGCAAGAGGCAUCCGGCGGGACGCGUGACUGUAGACUCAACACUUCACAUGGUAACAGUCCAUGGAGCCGAAGAUUUCAUCAUUGCUAUUGCGCAGCAGCUCUCUUGGUUGAUAGCAGUAUGCCAAGAAAAGCAGGGCCAGAUUUCUCAUACCUACGUGGGCUUCUUUGAGGCAAAUAGUGCCGAAACAACUGCAAUCGCGACAUUCGACAUCAAUGUUCAACUCGAAGUUGCAUCGAUUCAACCCAGUGGCAGUUGCUGGAACACGAUAGUCGGACCCGCAGUUAUAGUAACUGGGUUUCCCCUUCCUGAGCGCCAUCACAACGAACAAGGGCUUGAGAUGUCGGUCCCUGUGAUGGCGGCUCUUGCGGACACUCCUCAGGCCGUCAGUUACAGAGGUGGUUUUGUUUUCAAGGCCAGACACCACGCUAUCGUACCCAUCGAGGACUUUGGAUCGUCCAUACAAUGGCAUUUGAUAGACACCUAUCCCGAGAGGCUUGAGUGGACUCAGAUCGAUAGAGCAUGCCCUAAGAGACUUAGAGGCACGAUGAACAAAGACUUUUGGAAUCGCCGCUCAUUUCUCGGGUGGUGCCCGCAAGUUCUUGAGCUUCUGGCAACAUCGAGCUUUAAUCAUGCGUCUGUACAGUACUCCAAGGCUGUGAAACCUCCAAGAUGGGCCCAGAUUGAUAAGUUCAUCAUUGGAUUUAGCCAGUGGGGAACAGCUACUGCUCAAGUAACCUUUGGCAAGAAAGAUGGGUUCCGAAGCUUUCGACCAGAUGAUUACGAAACGCUACUUGACGAUGCUAAGGAUACUCAAGUCAUUUUGCAUGACACAACUUCCAAACGCGCUUUUCAAACCAAUGCGGAGGAUCUGAUUCUUAACAUUCUUCUCCAUCGACAGAGUUUACGUCUAUCAGGACAAUCACAAAACCCGACAGAGAAGAGUGCAGUAGAUAUCAUCCAUGGUGCAGAUACAAGCAGACAGAAAACCACAACUCGUGCUGCUAUGCUUAACAACGCUGAGAAGAUUUUUUCUAUCAGAACAUCCAUGUCCAAUGCUAAGAAGGAAGAAAGCCGGUUUAAAUACGAAGUAAAACUGCUCUACUCGACGGUCGAUGGGCUCUGGGCCCAGUCAUAUGCAAGUGGUGACACGGCAAUAAAGCUCGGCGUCCAGUUCGGACAGAAUGUCGCUGGAUGGGAAUACAUGGAUGUUGUCAACAACAUCAAAGUGAUAUUGCCCAAGUCAGUUGACUUGAAAAAGUCAUGCGGGCGCUGGAACGACUACGCAAAAGACAUCCAAGCCAUUGUGCUAUUUGGAGGUGACUUUGGAGAUGUUCUCGCACCGGGGUCAUCCAAGCUGUGCUUGAAUUACAAGUACCUGCCAAGAGAUGAGUGCUACCUGGGCGUUCGAGUAGACGCACUCCAGUCGCUUUAUGAUCGGCAGGGGUCAUCCCAAGACCAAAAGAAACUUUCGCCGUCUGGCCUUACGCUACAGGGAUCGCAAGAUCUGUUCAGGCCAUGUGCAGGCAUAUGCUCCGAUCAUGUGGUUCGCAUUGUGAAGCAGUCAAAAGGCCAUUGUCCACUACCUCUUGAGAAGAACGGUGCAAUCAUUAUCGGCGAAGCUCGAGAGAGUUUGCGCCCCAACAUGUUUGGCAAGAAUCAGCGACCACAAAAGAAAUCUUCUCGAGCUCAACGCCAAGAACGCCAGGCUUUGUACCGCACAAAGAGGGAGACAGACGCGAUAGCAGCUACACAGUCCCCAGAGCCUGACAUAUUUCCGAAACCAAUAUACUUGUCCGACAGAACAUCAGAGAAUGCGAAAGCAAGAAGACCCAAACAUGAGAUGUCUUCAUCAUCAACUGUGAGCAGUGGCCCCUGGAAUGGAUCUUCAAUCACAGAUGGGAUUGUCAGCUCGUCAUCCAUUUCUUCAAGCCCACCGAUGAGAACUUGGAGUAGCAUAGUUGCUUCUAAAACGAAAGAGGAUGAUUUCGAGGCCAGAGUGGACAACAAGGCCGGGCUAAAGCCAGGGGCGUAA